AUGUCAAAGUUCGACCCGAACGGAUGGUACGCCAUCUCGGAGACGCGGGUGGACAAGACCAACAAGGACCUCAAGAACUCCCUCCAGCUCACCGCCGAUGGGAUGCGCGUGUUCGCGAUAGCCGACGACCUCAACUGGCAGCUCCACCCGGUCGACGACAAGAAGCCCGGGAGGUACGUGCUGCGCAGCUUCAAGGCCGGGGUCGAGAAGCAGCUGGCCGCCUGCCGCGUCCCCGCAGAGAAGGACUCGAGCAGGACUCGCGCCUGCUUGGAGCCGGCUGCGUCCGACGAGUCGCAGCAGUGGGACAUUUCCGACUGGGGGGACGGCACAUACAAGAUCCAGUCCGUCGCCAACGGCACAAAGUACUGGCUGGAUGUGCACCCGGGGGCGGAUGUACAUCUAUCCAGCAUCGAGGAGACGUCUGAUAACAAGCGCGAGGCGCAGCACUGGGUUUUGUCGAGCAGGUUUCCCGUCAACGACGAUAGGUAUUCGACUUUGUAUUCGCAGCAGCAGUCAACGAUCGCCCCAGCAUCAACAACAACAACCGGAACCUUCACAAGAACGACACCGACGCCAUCCGCAACAGCAACGGACGGCACCGCCGCCGGCUCCACGGAUGGAGGAUCAGUUUCAAAUUCACAGGCGGAGCAGUCCAGCAGUGGCGGACUCUCGACAGCCGCCGCGGCAGGAGUCGGUGUGGGCGUCACCCUGGCGGUGCUCGCGGCCGUGAUUACUCUUUUGAUCUUUUGGUGGAAGCGGAGGCAGGCCGCCGCUGGAGGCCCCGCCGGGCCCGGCGAGAAGGAGGCGCUCAACUACUCGGGCUCGCCGCAGCCGCCGUCCAGCGGCAUCGCACCCGGAACCGGAGGUGUGGGCUCACAUGGCUACUACAGCGGCAAAAAUGUAAACUCGGAAACGGUUGGGGGCUGGCCACAACAGCAGCAGCAGCAAAGCGCCGUGGCGUCGCCAGAGUCUGGAGGCUACUACUACCAGGACCAGGCAAAGUCGCCGCAGUCGCAUGUCAAUACCCCGGCGACUUAUACUUCCAACUUGCAUGAAGCCCCAGUAGCUACGACGGUUGUCCACGAGGCGCCAGGUCCGAACAUGCCUGCUGAAAUGGACGGCACUGGGAGGCAGAAUGUGGGUUACCGGCCAUGA